AUGACGCCUUUGAAUCUUACCGACUUGCGGAAAAUUCUCUGCAUCCCAAGGCCGGAGUUGCUGCUGGCGCAUCCGUCAACAGGGGCACUAUACGAAAUCAAGCCUCUGUCAACCGCGGAGAGGCAUUCAAUACCGGCAUUAACGGCAAACGGGGCAUACGCGUAUGGAGGUUGCGAGUUUAAGGGUACGCAUGUUCGCAGGGUUGGAUUGCGACGGUUGGUGUUGCCCGUAUGCGCAGGGUGCAACCGUCCACCUCCAGACUCUGCGACAGUCUACUUCCUGGAUCCUUGAGCAAGGCCUCGACUCCAGCGGACGCGGGAAUUGUUGGGAAUCCCAUAUCGACAACUACGCAGUGAGCUUGCGACUGCCCGCGUGCGUGGGAUUUCACGUGCUGCCUUUCCGGUGGGCUCUUGCCGAGCUCCACCGGUGACAUUCAAUAGCAUGCGCGCGCACGCAUCGUAUUGUUUCAACUAGCAAAAUACUGGGAUCAUGGCCUGUUUACCUCCACUUGGGCGCAAAUCUCUUAUCCACAAUCUGCAUUUACUCUGUUCCUUUUCACAUGCCAGGUGCAGAGAAAGCGCGCACGAGAACAUGUUGUAGUUCCGUGAACGUCCGAACGAGGCCCACACAGUGAACGACAGUCCAGCCUCGAUUCCAGACUCCGGCCAAUGUCGCAUGUGAGUCGUAUUGCGACCCACAAAAUGGGGGGUGAAAUGGGACAUGUGCGCGCGGUUCCCUCCUGAAUCUGAGCCACAAUCAAAGCAUCUCUAGGGCUUCACCGCCACGCAUCGGUCUUUACAUGUACAAUCACAACUUGCCUCCAGCACGCUUGCAUGCGGCUCUUGCUAGCGUAUGACUAAAUAGGGAAGGUCUCGGGGACAGGUGCCUUGACGACUCUUUGGGGGAUCACGGAUAGCUAAUACGCCAACUGUGGUUCGGCACAGAAAAGUCGCAUGCAAACGACUAAGCUCUCUGU